AUGGGCAAAAAAAGGAAGAGACCCAUCAAGGGUCGGGGUCCGCCUUCGUCUCACCCGAGUAUCACUUCUCCCCGCCGUUUCAGAAACCCGGCUCCAUCCACUGGAACAAUAAACCAUCCUGUUAUCUCCCUGUACUACCGACAGGUGGUGACCCUGCGAGAGUACCUCCUGCUGCAACUCCCCGUGACAUCCAAGUCGCGUCGGCGCCGUAUCCUGACAGGUUCACAAGCCGGCGAGCUAGCAUCGGAAACAUCCCAAACACUGGCGCAUCUGUUAGACUCCACUCUGGUGGGUGUGCUGAAGGAGUCUUCACCGACCCUCAACUCCGAACGCCAAAAGGAAUAUCUGUCUUUUACGCAGUCUCAGUCGCGCUCGAUUCUCGUCAGCACAGAUACGGGUCCGACUUGUCCGCAAUCCGAGGUGGUUGAUUUUGUUAUUUGGAAACUUUUCAAUCAUGGUUCAUACGCAAAACCCCAGCACUUGCUGGCUCAUGGGUUCCAACGCCCGGCAAUGGGAUUGAAUGCCGUGGAAACGAGUAUUCCGGGAAUUGUCUCUCAAUUUCCCAACCAAAAUGUCCGUACUCUCAAGGAGGAUGCAUGGGCAGAGGUCUUGGGGCUGCUUGGUAGUAAUGGAGAGGAGAUUAUGAUGCAAAUGCUAUUCGAUUGUGGAGUCUUUGUGGCCAUCAAUGCCCGAAAAGGCAUUUACUACCAACUAAGUGGACCACCGCUGUCAAUGCUUGAGCCGUUCAAUGAUGGUAUCAACCCCGAAGAGCCCGCCAAGACAAAGGCACCAACACCAGCUGUCGGUGCCCGAAAGCUCCACAAAGAGCAUGGCGACCGCAAACGGGUCUCUGAUAAAUCUGUUCGUGGUCCAAACAGCAUCAUAUUUCUACGCCGGCGCAUGCUUUAUGGACGAGCCGAGUCCAACGUGAGAACACCAUCCGGGUUGGGAAAGACACAUGUCCUCAACCGCUUCUCGUCGCUUGAUUCAGCAGCGCAAACUGUCCAUGUGCUGAAAUAUGUCUUUCCUCGGCAAUUUGGCCUGCUGAAUGCGUUUACAGUUGACCCGGAUGGCCACAACAGUAUCGAUGACCCCAAGCGCUUCAUGUUCCGAGAAAACGAAAUAUCUGCUCGUGAAGAACAGAAACCGGGGCGGGCCCACAAUGGGCGCGACGCGUCAGAUGGAGGCAUUGGAAAUACGAAAGUUCCCAAAAGGCUUCGUGGAAGUGCGAUUGAGCUUAUCCGGAAACUGCGGACUCGUAAUUCACGCUGUUGCUACUUGAAGUUGCUGCGAUACUAUUGUCCAACUGAUGAGACCGGUCCCCAAGAACUUGGCGCCUUCGCCUCAAAUAUCGAGUCGGACACCAAUCAAAGCGAGCCCAAUUCAUCUCUCCUGUCAAAUUUAGUAACGCAGGUACAACUUGGUCCGCCAUCAUCAAGUAUAUGUUCGGCGCCGACGUUGUCCGAUGCCACCUCAACGAGCCACACAGCAGACAAAUGUAGUGGAUUUGAAAUCAAAAAGAAGUCUGCAAUCAAGAAACCUCGAAGCUGUCUAACUGAUUAUGCCACUCCCACAUCUUCGGUUUCCGCGUUUUGUCGGUCGGUACUCCAGAAAUUGAUACCCCGUCAAUUAUUUGGAGUCGGACCAGGCGGCGCUCACAAUCUACGACUAAUUCUCCGAAAUGUCGACCGUUUCAUGAAAUUGCGCCGAUUCGAGAAUCUCAGUUUGCAUGAAGUUUGCAAAGGCAUCAAGAUCUCAAGCAUUGCUUGGCUGGAGCCACCCCAGGUCCAGAAUCUAGCAUCUGAGACAAGAUCGAAGAUCGCUUUGUCCGAUUUGAACAAACGCAUGGAAUUGCUUCACGAAAUUAUUUUUUGGAUCUUUGACUCGAUUCUUAUUCCUCUAAUUCGCUCGCACUUCUACGUCACCGAGUCUCAAACACAUCGAAAUCGACUCUUCUAUUUCCGGCAUGAUGUUUGGCAAAAAUUGAUCGAGCAGCCUUUCGGUGAACUAAAGACCACUAUGUUUGAAGAGCUUGAGCCAGAUCGGGCCCGGCGUGUACUGGCGCGGCGCCCUCUUGGGUUUGGUGCACUCCGUUUGCUCCCGAAGGCUACUGGCCUCCGGCCCAUUUUGAAUCUUCGCAAACGAGUCAUGAAAGAGUCGUUUUGGGGCGGGAAACGGCGCACGUUUCUUGCUCCCAGUAUCAAUUCAAGUAUCACGCCGAUUUACAACAUGUUGACUUAUGAACGACAGCAAGCGCCCGCCAAGCUAGGCUCGUCAAUGGCGUCUGUGACGGAUAUGCAUCACCGACUAAAGAUAUUCAAAGCGCAAUUAAUCAAUCGAUUGUCUUCAGAUCCUAAAGUUCGGAUAACAAAUCUUCCGCCCCUGUGUUUUGUCAAGCUUGAUAUCCAAGCUUGCUUUGAUACAAUCCCACAAAAGAAAUUACUCGGUCUGAUAACAGAGCUGGUCUCUGAAGAGGGCUAUCAUAUCUCCAAGCAUGUGGAACUUCAAGUUUCUGCUCAGCAACGGAAGCCUGCGCGGAAGUAUAUCGGCCGUGCUGCCCCAACAAUGAAACCACAGCCCCUCCCAGACUACUUUAAUAAUGAACCCGCAGGCCGAAAGGCCAAUACUGUCUUUGUUGACACAAUAACUCAAAAAAGCCACAGAGCUGAAGAUCUUCUGGACCUGCUUAAUGAGCACGUGCGAAACAAUCUUGUCAAGAUAAGCCAGAAGUACUAUCGCCAGCGCAAUGGUAUUCCCCAAGGCUCUGUUCUUUCCAGCAUCCUAUGCAAUUUCUUCUAUGCCGAGCUAGAGCGAGAGGUGCUGAAUUUCAUUACACCCGAGAAUGCCCUCCUCAUGCGACUCGUGGACGAUUUCCUCCUCAUCACCCCCGAUGCGAAUCUAGCAACACAGUUUCUGGAAGUAAUGAUCCGCGGUCAACCCACCUACGGUGUCCAAGUCAACCCAGCCAAGAGCAUGACAAACUUCAGUGCAGCAGUUGACGGAGUCCUGCCGCCUCGACUGGAAGGAUCACCCCUAUUUCCAUACCUGGGUAAACUCAUCGACACGCACACCCUAGAAAUCCACCGCGAUCAAGACCGCAUCGUCGAAGGCGGCGAGUCAGCCGCUGUGACUCUCUCCGACUCCCUGACAGUCGAAUCCACCCGCCUCCCAGGUCACACCUUCCAGCGCAAAAUGCUCUCCUCGUUCCGUCUGCAAUUGCACCCUAUGUACCUUGACAACGGACAUAAUUCCCGCGCAGUCAUACUGGCAAACCUCUACUCAGGCUUUGUCACAUGCGCCAUGAAAAUGUACCGCUACAUGAAAUCACUGCAUGGCCGCGCACAGCUAGGAUUUGCCACUGUCAGCCAAACGAUCCACGCUCUCAUAAUCCAGACACAGGGUAUGAUCCAGGCCCGACGUGCGGCAACCUCCCAGUCUUCAUUUUCGUGUUUCGUGCAGCAAUCGCAUAUUAUCUUCCUGGCUGCUACCGCCUUUCGGUUUGUUUUGAAGCGAAAGCAAACCCGGUAUCGGGAUCUGUUGGACUGGCUGGAGGAGAAAAUCAAGCACUCCCGGCCCAAGUCUGACGCUGAGGCAUUCCGAAUGAUGCAGGUUAUUAAGAAGAGUAAUGCCAGUUUUGAGCAAUGGCGGUUUUAG